AUGGUGGAGCGGGCGCUGUGGGCGCUGCUGGCGGCGCUGCGGGCGGGCUGGUGCCUCCUGCCGCAGAGCGGGUACCUGCACCCCGACGAGUUCUUCCAGGCACCCGAGGUCAUGGCAGGAGAUAUUUUAAACCUUCAGGUCUAUUAUCCAUGGGAGUUCCUUUCCAGCUCUCCUUGCAGAACAGUUGUUUUCCCAUUAAUGACAUCAGGAGUUACAUACUGGCUGAUCAAAUCUUUGCAGCAGUUGGACAUAUGUUCAAGUUGCAUCAACAGCUACACUCUCCUUGUAUCUCCUCGCCUGCUCUUUACAAUCUUUUCUUUCAUACUCGACUAUAGUGUUUAUCGAUUGGCCCCUUUCUGGGAAGCAGAUCCAUGGAAAGCACUGGUACUUCUUGCUGGAUCAUAUGUCACACUGGUGUUUUAUACAAGAACGUUUACCAACACACUCGAAGGACUUCUCUUUGCUCUUCUCAUGGUACUGGUUUCUUCGAGGAAGUCCAGUGGGAGCUCAGCAGAGCCUACAAGCAGCAGUUCUCUCAUAGGUGUCAUAACAACUGCUGGGUUUUUCAACAGGCCAACCUUUCUGGCAUUUGCUCUAAUGCCCCUGCUUUACUGGGCCAGUUUAAUUGUUGACUCUCAAAAGAGCGUUAAAACUCUCAUAAAGCACUUUUGGAAGUUUAUCCUAUGUGCAUGUUUUACUGCUUUUGUUUUCAUAACUGCUGACACCUUCUAUUUUACCUCUGUAAGCUUAGACAACCUCUACAGCACUAACAAAAGCAGCCUAACUAAUAUAAUAGUUCAAUUACAUGACAAAAUAGUAGUAACCCCCUUCAAUUUUCUCAGCUAUAAUCUUAAUCCUCAUAAUCUUGCACUGCAUGGAAGUCACCCACGAGUCACACAUUUUACAGUCAAUGGAGUAAUGUUGUUUGGGAUCUUACAUCUUCUGGCCAUCGGUGCUGGCUUUAAAAUGCUAAAGAAAUAUGUCUGUCAGUUAAUGCUGGUCAGGUGGUGUUACUGUGGGCCACCUGGGCUGUUGGUGCAUCCCAAGGGCAGUCCAACAUUGCUGCUGUUUUAUUUUGUUCCUCUGGCAUUUCUCUCCCUGUUCAGUCACCAGGAGCCUCGGUUUCUCAUCCCUCUCAUCCUGCCAUUGGUGCUGUUCAGUGCAUCACCAAACAGAGCUGUGAAAUGGAAACUCCUCAUUGUUCUGUUCAACCUUCUGGGGGCACUUCUGUUUGGGUGCUUACACCAGGGAGGGCUCAUUCCUUGUUUGUUUCACUUGGAGCAGCUCAUCCAUUCUCCAGCAUCCUCAAGCCAUCGGCAGCACUACACUCUGCUCUUUGCACACACCUACAUGCCUCCAAGGUCUCUGCUCAAUAUCAAGAAGACAGAUGUGCAUGUGGAAGUCAUUGACAUGGCUGGGGCUGGAGAAGAAACCCUCUGCCACACAGUAGAGCAGCGAGCAAGCAAUUUUACCUGCAGUGACUGUCAUAUCUUUAUUAUAAUCCCUGGUACAGUCAGAGCCACAAUUACAAAAUGUGGUGUCUCAUUCAAGAACGAGACUUUGAUAUUUCCUCACUUAUCAAUGGAAGACCCACCACAAAUACCUGUCCUAUCCAGUGGAAAUUGGAAGAGUCAGUUAGGACUUUACAUCCUUGAGCUAAACAGAGAUCAUCAGAGCCUUUAG